AUGAUAUAUGGUGCAUCUCUUGCGCCUCAUUUCACUGCUGGCCCGCUAUUACAGAUAGUCAAACCACCGUCGUGCCUUCGUGAUGUGGAAGCAUGCUUGUCCUGGAGAAGCUACGCAGAUCGAGACAACGAGCGAGUCGGCCAACGGGAGAACGCGGGUCAUUCUACUCUUGUCGUGGUUUUGGUCUUCACGCAGGUGUGUACGCCUAGUACAACCUUCGUACCAUCGUGGGGUAGCUGGAUCAAGCGGGAUGAGUUCCCUCUGACAGUUGCUUCCCCGUACGCCAUGGCAGGCGGUUGCACUGCAUGGAUAGAUGUCAUGUUGACUGUGUCCGUAUUCUGGAUGCGACUCAUCGUUCUUGUCGAUGCGGGCAAUCCCAUUCCUCUAUCCGCCAUUCGUUCUGUACCUGCCUGGGCCACCUGUCCCCGACCCUUGCAGGUGGUCGUGCAUCUCUGCUGUGCUGAGGUUGCUCAUGCCCGAAACAGGGCGAUAGUAAUGUCUGCGGAACGGUCGGCUGCUUGCACCCUGUAA